AUGAGGGGCCUCGGCAAAUAUUGUGAGCAAGUAGCAGCAAUAACCGAAGGAGCUACCGCCGCCCAGAUCACCCCAGAAGUAGCAAAAGUUGCCUCCCAUCUAACAGUAUAUCAGCGAACCCCAAACUGGGUGAUCCCCCGAAUGGACGGCCCAGUAUCACCCUUCCAAAGAGCGCUAUUCAAAUAUGUCCCACCUCUCCAUUGGCGCAAACGCGCCCUGCAAAUGGACUUCCGCGAAGCCUUCCACGCAAUCAUCCGAGACGACAACUCAGAUGUUGCCCACAUGAUUCGGAACAUGUGUACCGGGAGUAUGAAAGCCCAACUCGCAAGCAAACCUGAGCUAUGGGAGAAGUUGACUCCGGACUAUGCACCGGGCUGCAAGCGGAUCAUCAUCACCGAUGAUUACUAUCCCACUCUGGCGCGGGACAAUGUCGAGUUGGAAACAAGGCAGAUUACACAUAUCACUGAGACAGGGAUUGAAGUUGAGGGCUUUGAUGAGCAGGAAUACGAUGUUAUCAUUCUCGCUACGGGCUUUAGGACGGUGGAAUUCAUGCAUCCGAUUCAGAUCCAUGGUGCUAAUGGGCGUUCAUUGCAAGAUAUCUGGAAGGAUGGGGCUGAGGCGUAUAACGGGGUUACAGUUGAGGAUUUGCCGAACUUUGGGAUGUUUUAUGGUCCUAAUACCAAUCUUGGACAUAACUCAAUCAUUCUAAUGAUAGAGGCGCAGUCUCGAUAUUUGAAUGGGAUGGUUGGGGAAGUGAUUCGUGCUCGACACCAGGGUCAAACAUUAUCUUUGAAGCCAAAGCUAGCAGUACUGAAGAGUUUUAAUGAAGAGCUUCAAACUGCUCUGCGAAGUACCAGCUUCGCAGAUCCCAAUUGCAGCAGUUGGUACAAGAGAGAUGACGGUGUCAUCACGAACAACUGGUCUGGAACUGUUGUCGACUAUCAGGUUAAUCUGUCAAAGGUGCAGUGGCAAGAUUACGAUGUCGACGGUACCGGAAAAAGUGGUGUUGAGCACAAGACUGCUACGAAACUUGGCCGUGUUCGAGAAGAAACUUUACUUGGUAAUACUACAUUGUUGAUGGUAGGUACCGUGAGUGUUCUGUCCGCAGUUGGCUAUUUACUCGCUCGAUCAAAGCUGGUCAAAGCCCGCUGA